AAGGACAAACGAUCUCGUUUCUGGGGGGUGUACAAACGAGUCGCGGAGGAACACGACGGCGAGUUCCUCGAGCGAUACACCAGUGACAUGGACAUUGUCUUGGUCUUCUCUGGUCUUUUCUCCGCCGUCAGCACGUCUUUUAUCGUAGCAAUGGAAUCUAAUCUCAGUCCCGACCCUAGCGACACCACGAAUGCCCUUCUAAAGCAACUCGUGUACAUCGGACUCGGUAACCUCGCUGCAGCGGGCUCUACACCCGUAGACCCAGCAUCUACGUGGUCGCCGACCGCACCGACCCUGUGGAUCCAAACGAUCGCAUACGCAAGCUUGUCCAUGAGCUUGCUCGCUGCGUUCGGGGCCGUACUAGGCAAGCAGUGG